UGAAGGAAGGAACGCCUGGUUGAUAUUGCGUUGAAUAUGUUCUUAUGUUCAGGAGACAACAAAUUACACGUUUUAAUACAGUGACAGGUACGCAAUUUAUAGUGAAUCUAUCUUAUUAUCUUGAGAUGCUAGAUUACCGUCGGAGGGAAGACAGGGGUAAAUGCUUCUGACUGGAUACAUGUCAGUUUCGUGCUGAACGGAUCGAAAGUAUAAAAUGAUAUAUGGGUAGCAUUACUUUAGAGCAUACUCAAAUUCUAGUGAUACUGUUAGCCUGCUUUUGUCUAUAUCACCAGUACUAUGUUUAAGCAAUACCUCAAAUAGCAUCAAAGAUUAUCGCUUGUUCCCCAAUGUACGCAAAUGCAAUUUAGAUUCUCGUAUAUAUCUUGACAGCCACACCCCCAAAGCCGGUCAAAUGCCAUAAGAAGAACGCUGAAACGGCGGUUUUAGAUAAAUCCUCUGAUGAAUCAUGAGAACCUUGUUAAGAUUUGAUUUGAAGGUUACUGUGCUGUCCAUACGAUGAAAAAGCUGAAGAAGUCAAUCCUGUUUCCAAGAUUACCCAAGUCAGAUGAUGCUCCUUUCAAUCAUGAAGUUAAUCUAACUGACCUUGACAAGAUUUACCUUCUCCUUGCUGAGGAAAACCUCAAAGACAGUUUCAAUGUGCUCUGCUAUGACCUGCAAAUCCAUUCCCUUGCUGAUCUGAGUAAACUUGAUGAUGAAAAAUUGAAAAGAUUCAGACUUCUACCUAACUUUGCAAAGGACCGACUGAGACAGCUGCCAGAAAAAGCAAAAACAACUGAUUUUGUUUAUUUGGCAAAGAAACAUGGAAAGCUCCCAUACAAGGCGCAGUUAGAAUCCCAUGGAGUUCCAUUUAUUUCUGUGAAUGAUAUUCAAGUUAUAAAGAAGACUGCAACAGGACCAGUAUCAGGAACUGUGCUUAAAGCUAUUUGGACAAAGCCGGAUGGAGAGAAGAUCCAAGUGGCAUUGAGAUAUGAUCGAGGCCAGUCCCAAAGGAAGCAUUUCCUUCACGAGGCCGAGUUAGCAACUUCAUUGAAUCACGAGAACAUCCUUCAUCUUUAUGGAGUCGUUUUACCAGGAUUGUACACCGAUUCUGUUGCUCUGGUCACAGAUUUUGCAAAGUAUGGAAACAUCCUUGAAGCCAGGUCGCACCUUAUCAUGUCAGUGGUCAAUGUAAUUCAAAUGAUCACUCAGAUUGCAUCAGCCUUGGAAUAUCUUGGUAGUAAAGAUCUUGUGCACUUGAGGUUAAACUCUGCCUCCAUAUUUGUGGUAGCACCUGGCAAGGUACAUGACGUAUGGUUCAGUGUAUGUCAAAAAAAUUAUGAUUUUAAUUUGAUCAGUAGUGGUGGCGAAUGGUCCUUCAAAAACCAUAGGUCUUGCAAGAUUUUUUGUCGAAUUUCACGGGUAUUGCAGUCUCCUUCUUUAGUGGUUAUGUGUGUCUUGCAGUCUUGAUUGUUCACAAAACUGUCUCACAGUUUGUUUGUUUGUUUGUUUGUUUGUUUUCCAUAAAUGAUGUCUUAACAUCUUGAGCUCAUGUUUAAAACACUUUGAAGUCUCCAUCUUGCAAUUGAAGAAGUCAAAAUGUCUUGGGCCUGCAAAGAAAAAUGCCAGGCUUCCCUUCUUACAAAGUCUUGCAUUUACCAUUGACCACCCCUUUCAGUUGUAAGCC